GCUCCUCCCGUUGUCCUGGGCUGCUGUCCUCUAGUUCAUCUGAGUGUGGCAGUGCCCUUUCGAGCUUAGCUUUAAAAAUGAAUCCAGUUGUUACGCAGCCAAGAUUUGGCGCAGGGGGUGCGACGGCUAGUGAGUGGCAAAGUGGCGUCUUUGACUGCUUCGACGACAUGGCGAUUUGCCUCUGUGGGACUUUCUUUCCCCUGUGCCUUUCAUGUCAGAUCGCCUCUGACAUGAACGAAUGCUGCCUGUGGGGUGGAAGUGUUGCCAUGAGGACCAUGUAUCGGACCCGAUAUGGCAUCCCGGGAUCUAUUUGCAAUGAUUGCCUAUGCCUGACAUUUUUCCCUACUUGCACCCUUUGUCAACUCAAGCGAGAUAUUGAAAAAAGAAAAGCAAUGAAUGCUUUCUAAAAGGUGUUUGGCCAAAUUCACAUUGUGGUGAAAGAAAAUGCUGGAAUGAAAUAUUGCAUCUAUUAAGUGUUAUCUCACCUCAAAUCUUAGAAAGUAAUUCCACUGAUCAGAUGGUUUCAAAUGGCUUCAAAACAUUUUUAAUUUCCAGUUUAUUUUGAAAGAAAUAUAUUUCCAUUGCUGUUCUCUAAGAUGACUGCCACUAAAAAAAUUAAUUUGCUCAACAAUUCUCGUGCUUCAUGGA